CGGGAGUCAUGUGACUGAGGAGAUAUUGAGUCUCACCCUGGAGAUCAUCUACCUAGUGACUGGGGAGGGCCGGAUCUUUCUGCAGGAGAUGCAUCGUUGGACGUAGUCCAUGCCUUAAGGAUCUACGCGGAUCGUACCAGUGCUAUCAGAAAGACCAGAUUCUCUCUUUGUUCUCUAUGGAUUUCACAAGAGAGGAUGGCCUGCUGAUAAACAGACACUGGCGAGGUGGCUUCGGGUGACUAUUACAGAAGCAUAUUCUCAAGCUGAUCUCACUGUUCUGGCGAAUGCCUCUACUCACUCUGCUCGUAAGGUAUGUCCAUCAUGGGCAGCACAAUGUGGUACUUCAGCAGAACAGGUAUGUAAGGCAGCCACAUGGUCUUUCAUAAACACAUUCAUUAGACAUUAUGCCAUUGAUACCUUUGCCUCUCAGGACGCUGAAUUUGGGCGUAGAAUUCUCCUGUCUAAUCAGGAGCGUCCCCAUUACUAAAUUGCUUUGGUACAUCCCAAUGUUAUCCUGUGGAUAACCUGUGGACCCUGCAGUAGAAAUAUACGAUAUGAUAAGAACUUACCGUUGAUAACGGUAUUUCUUCUAAUUCCACAGGGAUCCCACCCUGACGCACCUGAUUUGAGGAUCCUUUUACUCACUAACCUCUUGUAUGGAAGGGUGUGCAUGUGUGUUCUUCUCGCCUGAUUAGGGCUCUCUAUGAUGCUCCUGCCUUGAGCUUUGGAAAAACAACUGAUUUGCCUAAGCCAGGAGGCGGGGAUAUAUGGACGGGCCCAUUGCAUGAUGGGAGGCUGAAAAGCUUUGACUGUUUUUUGCAAAUUUGCUGUUGCAUCAUCAUAUCCCAAUGUUAUCCUGUGGACUUAGGAGAAAUACCGUUAUCAAUGAAUUACACAGUAGUGAAAAAGACAUCUGUCCAGCAGGAGUCACCCAAAGGCCACCCUCGUGUGUCAGGAGGACUGAGCACGACACAGAGCCCCAUCCCGGUGUCUCCACCACAUUCACUGAUACAUGAGAGACACAAUGACCAGAAGAUCCUGGAACUCACCAACAAGAUCAUUCAGCUGCUGACUGGAGAGGUUCCUAUAAGGUGUGAGGACGUCAUGGUCUAUUUCUCCAUGGAGGAGUGGGAGUAUAUAGAGGAACACAGGGGCCUGUACAAGGACGUGAUGAUGGAGAAUCACCGGCCCCUCACAUCACUGGAUGGGGCCAGUAACAGGAAUACCCCAGAGAGAUGUCCCCGUCCUCUUUAUUCCCAGGAUCAUACAGAGGAGAAUCACAGUGUCCCACAGGAGGGUCAGGGCGAAGGACUGACUGUUAUUAAAGUAGAAGAUAUAGAGGGAGAAGAAGAGACAUAUGUAACUGAUUUGAAGGCAGGAGAUACAGAGGGAGAAGAGACGUAUGAGAGGGAUGAUCAGCAGUAUAAAGAGGAGGAAAUCCCUACAGAUAUCAGCACAGAUGGCUGCAACAUCAGAAAUAGAGUUAGGAGAAAUCUCAUUUUAUCUCCAGAUUGUAGAGUGCAAGAUAACAACAUCGCCCAAGAUUCCAGAGAAAACCCCACUAUUUCAAUUAUACAUCCAGUACAUUGCAGUACAGAUGUACAACUUAUUCCAUCUACGCAUGAGGAAAGUUCUACUGAUAUAUUGGAUGUUGUCAUACAGAAUACAGCUCACACUGGUGGCAAACGGUUUCCAUGUCCUGAGUGUGGGAAAUGUUUUACACUGAAAUCAGCAGUUGCCAGUCACCGGAGCAUGCACACAGGCGAGAGACCAUUCCCAUGUUCUGAGUGUGGCAAAUGCUUUAGACAGAAAUCAAAUCUUGUUGCUCAUCAGAGAACUCACAUAGGAGAGAAGCUAUUUACAUGUUCUGAGUGUGGGAAAUGUUUUAUUUUUAAAGGCGAUCUUGUUAAUCAUCAGAGAACUCACACAGGUGAGAAGCCAUUUUCAUGUUCUGAGUGUGGCAAAUGUUUUACACGUCAGGGAACACUUACUACACAUAAGAGAAGUCACACAGGUGUGAAGCCAUUUUCAUGUUCUGACUGUGGGAAAUGUUUUACAACUAGAUCAAAUCUUGUCAGUCAUCAGAGAUGUCAUACAGGUGUGAAGCCAUGUUCAUGUUCUGACUGUGGAAAACAUUUUACAUCUAAAUCAAAUCUUGUCAUUCAUCAGAGAAGUCACACGGGUGAGAAGCCAUUUUCAUGUUCUGAGUGCAGUCUAUGUUUUGCACGUCAGGAAACACUUUUAACUCAUCAAAGAACUCACACAGGUGAGAAGCCAUUUUCAUGUUCUCAGUGUGGGAAAUGUUUUGCGCGUCAGGACACACUUCUUGCUCAUCAGAGAACCCACACAGGUGAGAAGCCAUUUUUAUGUUCUGAGUGUGGGAAAUGUUUUACACGUCAGGAAACACUUGUCACUCAUCAGAGAAAUCACACAGGUGAGAGGCCGUUUUCAUGCUCUGAGUGUGGGAAAGGUUUUCAUUUUAAAAGAGAGAUUGUAAAACAUCAAAGAACUCACACAGGAGAAAGAUCAUUUUCCAUUAGCUGAUUGAAAGAUACUACAUGGAAUUGCAGUAGCACUAGAAUAUCGGAUAGAAUAUGGUUAUUGUGAUACCUUGUUCAUAACGUUAUAACUUGUACACCCACUUUUUGUUGUCUGAUAACAAACUAGAAUUGUAAAGAAAUAUCAACAAAGUACGUUGUACUAUAAAUUAUUAUACCUCA